AUUUAUUCACUGUAUGACUGAAUCCAAAUGCGGCAGCACAUUUACCCAAGUGAAAGGUGCUGUUGUAGCACUCAGAUUUGCAGGGAAAAGACUUUGGCUGAACUUGGAUGGAUGACAUGUUUUUGAUGCUGGAUUUGGAGGGGAAGUGGUCUGAAUUUCUGGAGCUGAAAAACACAUGAUCUUCACUUGAGCUGCUCUGCAGGGAACCUCAAAGCCAUGUUGAAGCCCUGGGGAUUUUGCGUUAUUAUCAUUCAGCUGUCUUUGGCUGCGGGAAUGAAUUCUGUGUUUGUCAUUACAGAUGGGAGUGUUCCGUGGACUCCAUCUGGCUCUAACAUAGGAAACAGAUACUUUAUCAGGGAGAAGCCAGGAUGGGACCCUAACCUGUUAUAUCUUCAGAUGACUCCACCAAGAUUUGACCUCCUCCCACUACACUCUGAUCCUGAAGAUGCUACCAGUGUAGAUUUAUGGUUUACAGAACCUCUGAUACAGACACAGAGGCAGAGAAUCACUGAUAGCUGGAAUCCUGCUUUUCAUGCUCUGUCCUCUGUAAAUCAGAGAGUACAUGCUUGUGUUGGAGAUAGUUGUCUCAUUAAAGAGGCCUUCCCAGUUUAUCUGACUCAUUCAGACAGGUUUAGAUUCAGCCAUAAUCACACACUCGAGACAGAAAUUAUGUCUAACCUACAACAUAUGACCCUUUGGGCAGGUGAAACUAAAUACAGCCACCAGACUAUAGUUAUUAUGGAAGAGGACGCUGCAGUGAUAAAGUCAGCAAUUUACCUGUAUGAGAGGCAUCCUACUGUAUCUACUCUGUUGAAGUACCAGAAGGGGGCGCUGCAUAUUCUCAGGGGAAGCCAUUUCUUUUCUACUGGAAAUCAUGAUAUCAUACUGGUUGGCCAUGGCAGUGAGGGUACCAAUGGAACAGCCCAGCUGGCAGGUUAUGGGCCAGAGGAACUUGCCAGAUUUGUGUCAACUUUAAAAACGGAAAGCAUCCUCAGCCAACUUGGCACCGUCAGCCUCAUCGGCUGCAACCUUGGAAAUGACCCACAUUUUAUGCUGCAGAUGCUGCAAACUCUCCGGUCUCUCCGUGUGGAAACAAAGCUGCACCUACACAACGCCUUCCUGUCUGUCAGCUCUGAUGGAGAGAUAAUGACCAAAACUGACAAAGUCUGGAGGUCCCAUGACCACAGCAGAAGAGUCAUUGCUGAACUGGACCAAAGAGGUGACCUGCUGACUACAGUGGAACUUGGCUGUGCAGGGCCAGUGUUUCCUGAUUAUAAAGGAAAUGUUUUGUACCUUCAGACAUUAGAGUGGCCAAGCCACCCUCAAAUGUUUGUUCCAAUGGAGCUGCGCAAAAAAUACCCUUCUAUUGACUGCCUGGAGGGGCUCACUUGGAGCUUGUUCUUUGAGGAGAAUGAAAGGAGGCGUGCUCCUGAUUAUAUCCCAGAACGUGAUCAAAGACACCUGAAAGCUAUUUGGCUUACAGAGCCAGGGGCAGGAGAGAGCAUUUUUUUAAAGCAUAUCACCAACAUUCAGGAUGUACUUGUGGAAAUUCGAUAUAAUGCCAGAGAGGAAUUUGCCUCAGACCCUUACUACGUUCUCAAUGAUUGCAUUUAUAGGGUACACAGGAAAAAUCUUAGUAUAAGUCUGGUGGGCAAAUUCAUGAGCACUGACAAUCAAGCUGAAAUUGAACGUUUCCAGCUUAAUUUCAUGAACCAGAACAACAUGUCCUCCCUGCAGGACCUGAGACAGGGUCUCAAAGCAUCCAAAUUCAACGACUUUUGUCGCCAGACUUUCCAAUUCCAGCAGUGUAGCUACAACUGUGAGAGAUGGGGUCAUUACUUCAUGACAGCAGUGUUCUCAGCAUCUGUGCGUAACUUCAGAAUCUUCUCACUUUUCCUCAUGAGUGUGAUAGGCUGUGAAGUAGGCCGCUCUCGGGGGACUGAUAGCUCCCUGUGCUCAGCGUUUGUUGAAGAUGACCACCCCAUGGUGACUGACAAACCCUGGCCUGAACAACUGAGACGAGGAUUUUAUGGCUGCACUGUUGACAACUAUGAAAUGGCACCACAGGAGAGCCGGAAUUGGUUAGAUCAAGUUGUUGCAAAGGAAAAUUCUUUGUACAUCAAAUCAAAGCAGAUGAUGAAUGCUGUCACCCAUGACGAGCGAACGGAGCUGGACAUCUUUGGGAGGGUCAAAGUCAUGAAUAAGUACGUGUUCUCAUCUUACCUAGAAUUCUUUCGAGGUACACCUGAGGGAAAGAAACUCAAGAGAGGAUGUACUACAUCUUUCAAUGAUGAUUUAUAUCCAUAAAUGCAGGUGCAAUGUGUGAUUAAUGCUUAGAUCUCACUGCUUCAGCUUGCUGGCACAGCUACACAUCUGACAGCAUACUAGAUUAAAGGUAUAAAAUAUAACACUUGUUAAAGCAGCAGAUAAUUCACAUGCUUGUAAUAAAUACUCAAAUUGUGUGAGAUGAUUUUUUUCUUGUUAAACCA